UAGUAGCAUGGUCACUUCCUGUUUACGUUUCCACACAUGACGUCACACGGAUAACAUUUAACAAGCUGUUUUAAAACCGAAACAGGCGAUAACUUAGGAAACAGAUGUUUAAUAUUCUCGCAACGGCUGAAUUCAAAUAACGUCCAUCCUACCAACACAUCGGAACAUCGGGGAGAGUGGACUACCUCUAGUUUCAGCUGUCCUGCUUAUGUUGAGGACCGAAGGGAGCUAACCUGGCUGCUAAGUGUAGCUAACGAUAAGUAGGUAGCGUUAGCUGGGAGCUAGCUUGCGAGUUAACAACAUAAACAUCACCUUAUCUUUGAACAGUGAACAACAUCUAUGAGUAUGGAGAAUAAAUAUAACCUGAAGAGUCCAGCGGUGAAGAGGCUAAUGAAAGAGGCGGCUGAACUGAGGGAUCCCACUGAGCACUACCACGCCCAGCCACUGGAGGAUAACCUCUUCGAAUGGCACUUCUCCGUACGUGGGCCCCCAGAUUCUGAUUUCGAUAGCGGGGUUUACCACGGCAGGAUUGUGCUUCCCCCAGAGUAUCCAAUGAAGCCCCCGAGCAUCAUCCUCCUCACGCCAAAUGGAAGAUUCGAAGUUGGGAAGAAAAUUUGUUUGAGCAUCUCUGGCCACCAUCCAGAGACAUGGCAGCCCUCUUGGAGCAUUCGUACUGCCCUGAUAGCUAUAAUCGGAUUCAUGCCAACAAAAGGAGAGGGGGCCAUAGGAUCUCUCGAUUAUACUCCAGAAGAGAGGAGGGCCCUUGCCAAAAAGUCCCAGGACUUCUGCUGUGAGGCGUGUGGGGGGGGCUCCAUGCGCUCCGCCCUCCUGGCUCUGACCCCCAACAGUGACCCCAGCGCAGAGGACGACCAGGCUAAAGAGCUGGCUCAGCAAAUCAACUUCAAGGAAGAGUCCAGUUUAUCCAGACAGCCCAGUGAGAGCGGGGGUGCAGAGAGUGAACCUUCCACGUCCCCCCAGGGAGACUCCUCCUCGUCUGCAGAGCAGCAAGAGUCUGAGGGGCCCCGGGCCGAGCAGGCAGAGGCGUCUCCAGCCACAGAGACAGAGGGACUCAGCCCCCCCGCGGCCCCCAGCACCGGGCGCCCUCUGAGCCCCCGGCAGCGCCGCGCCCAGCAGCACAGCCAGAGGAACCAGAGGGAGGGCAGGGAGGCCGCCAGCAGGCCGCCCUUCACCCCCGCCCCCCGGCUCCCCCUCGAGGAGAGCAGCGCGGGCUCGGUGGUCCUCAUCGUGCUGCUCACCCUGGCCCUGGCCGCUCUCAUCUUCCGCAGGAUCUACCUGGCCAAUGAGUUCAAGUUCGACUACGAGCUGUGAGUGCUCACUUCUGACCCCCCCGGUCCCACCCUAACAGAACUAUGGCGGGCUGAAAUUGGAAGCAGAGCUGCGGUGGGGGCUGAGUCUGACUCUCUACCCCCCCCCCCCCGCUCCACCACAGAGGGUUGGGGGGGACUUUCAUUCCGCUCUCCACAACACCUCCAGGCUGUCUUUUAAUCAAUGUGAAUUUUGCUCUCCGGAGUGUCAUGCAUUGUUUUUAAACAGGAAGCUUUUUUGUGUUUGUGAUGAGUUCAACACACACACACACACACACACACACACACACACACACACACACACACACACACACACCACAUGUUCCAUACGACUGUCCUGCCCCCUGGGCUUCCGCUUGCUCACAUUAUUUAAUUAAUACUGUAACAUAGUAUGUCAACAGGGUUAUAGGGGAUUUUUGUUUUAAAGUAAUGAAUUGGUGGUGGAAUCAUCUGCUCAGAGUGUAUGUGCUAUAAUGACUUCCUGCUCAUGUGCUUUGACUUCCUGUUUGGUCAGGUCAGUCACAUUAAUAAGGUGAUGGAGAAUCUUUCCAUACUGUCCGCCGCUGAGGACGUCAGAUACUGUAAUUCACUGAAAAAACUGUCACGGUGACUUUAAUUGAAUGUAUCAGGUCAACAGAUUUCACAUAACUGUAUUCGGUUAGUUGAAAGCAAUUAUGUUAAGUUUCAAUAGUUUCAAAUUCAUAUUAUUGCUAUCAACUUAUCCACGUUUCAGUUUUCUCAGUGUGGUGAUAAUCCUUAAUAGAUGAAUGCAGACUGCUAUACCAACAUGUGUGUUACAACAUGUUCUAUGACCUUUGUAAUGUGUGACUGCAGGGGGGGGGGGGGUUGCUGAAGGGAUGUUAUCAGACUUUCUGCAAGUGAGUAGGGAGAUUAUGCAUUAAGGUCACACUGUUUGACAUCAUUAAAUGUGACCCUGCAGAGUGGUGCAGGGAUGACGUAUUUUUGUAGGCUGACCGGCAAACGUCCCUAGGGCUGCCUCCUCAAAAACCAAUGGGAUUUCUCUAUUGGAUUUCAGGAUAUUGCAAGAAAUUAAAUCUUUGUCAAACAAACGUUUAUGAUCCUUACACGUUUUGUUCAGCAGGAUGAUCUCCUCAUUUGUGAAGCGUAAAAUGCAAUCGCCAGAAGUAAAAGAAUGUAAACCAAACUACAUCACGGUCACAUGACUUCACGUCACCACCGCUAAGCUAAAGGAGGCUAAUGUUCGGUAUGAUGACGAUAAGUAGUCUAAUUUAGCCACUGUUGGCUACCACUGUUUUUAGAAGUUUCAGACAUUAACUAGUGGGGUAUUUACUGACAUGUUUUAUGGUGUGCAUUAAACUGUUAAAAUAUGUUUAGCUUGUGUUAACUGCAAACCUACCUUAUACAUUCCUGCACCACUCUAUUAUAGCUAGAUGAAAAAAAAGUGCAUCCAAAUAUUAUCAGGUACUCGGCCUCUUUCUCACUAUGUUAUUCAAGCUUAUUUUUUUAACCCCUAAUAAACUUAUAUAAUGUAAUAAUA